CGGACGAAAUUAAAAAUAUGCCAAAAGUCACUUUUAUCAAAUUUUUACAAAUGAAGAGGGCUUUGGAUUUAGUGGUGAUGGGUAGAACUGUUACAACGCUUGCCGAAUUUGUUAAGGAGUGUAAAAAGAAAAAAUUGAAGCCAUUCUCUUCAUAUCAGG